AUGAGAUUCCAGAAAAAUUUUGAAUAUUAUUGCCCAAGAAGAUUUACUUGAUGCUUAGUGCUAAUCAGGGAAAAGCAUUUCAGAUUAUUUUAGGCUCAUAACCUAUCACCAUAGAUGGUUGGUCAUAAGUGACACUGGACAGGCUUGUUGCACUGAAAAUUCACCAUAUUUUAAUGAAUAUGUUGAAUUUCCUGUAAAUUUUCAUGACUUUAAAUUCAUUAAUAUUUUUUGGCAGCUCAAUGUAAGCAUUAUACACUACACUUCUAAGUGCAAUUCAAAAGUUGUGAUUUACUGCACUUAGCUAUGCCUUUGGUCACCCCUCUGAAGAAUGCUGGCGGGAGACGGACUAAUACUCCUAAAGCAGCUCCACAAAGUGCAGAAACUUCAAUUAAAGAUGGCCAUUCUUCCAAAAAAUUUGGCAAUAGUUCAGUGAAACCUGCAGUUUUGAGUAAAACUCCACAGAAACCAACUCAAUCCAGAACACCAAUUUCUGGAACACCAGCUCUCUUGAAGAGUGAAGGAAGCUUGACAUUUUCCAGCUCCUCGUCCUUGAGACCUAAAGCUUACGAAGAUGCUGCUUUUACUCCCUCAAAUGCACUUGGUAAAAGAAAUCGAAGUCAUCCUCUGAGCAAGCAAAGUUCUAGUGCCAACAUUCCGGAGAAAUUGAAUGGUGCUACCACACCUCUGCAACCAAAAUCUACUUUUAUGAGGAAUAUUUCCACUGGACAAAGAGCCAGCCUUGAUAGUAAACGCCGUUCAGUUGGCCAACUGCAUCCACCAAUAAGCCCUGCUGUAACACCAAAAAUUCCCAAGGUGCAGCCACAUUGGUCUGAGUGUGGAAUAGGUGACUGCAGCAGUCCUGCUUUGUCCAGCUCUCAUCUCCAGCCAAAUGCUGAAGAAAGCACGUCUGCUGUCACUGUGGCUGUCAGAGUUAGGCCUCUUUCAAGGAAAGAGCAAGAAACUGAAGGAGUUUCAAGAGCUGUGACUGUGGUUGGUCGGGAAAUAACAGUUUUCUCAGACUCUUGUCAUGCCUUCACUUAUGACCAUUGCUUCAGUGACAGCAACACGAGCCAGGAACAGGUGUAUCAUACCCUCAUGAGGCCGUUACUGGACCGGGCUCUUCAAGGAUACAAUGCCUGUCUCUUUGCUUAUGGCCAAACUGGUUCAGGAAAAACAUACAGCAUUCUUGGCAGCGAAUCUGGCCCAGAUGCGGGCAUCAUCCCACGCUUCUGUUGUGAUCUCUUCAGUCGUCCUGAGGUCAAGGGACGCACGGCUGGCAGUCCUUCCUUGUCUCUUCCUGCCACUCCUGCUCAGGACGAUGAGCGAGUGCAGUUCCAAGUGGAGAUGAGUUACGUAGAGAUCUAUAACGAGAAGCUCUACGACCUCGUGGGUGAAGAGGAUGAGGAAGGGGCAGUGCGGGAGGCUCUGCGUGUGCGGGAACAUCCCACACUUGGUCCACACAUUGUGGGAGCCGCGGUGCACCCUAUCACCAGUUAUGAGCAGCUCAAGAUGUGGCUGUGUCACGGCAACAGGGAGCGUUCCAUAGCUGCUACUGGCAUGAAUGAGAAGUCAUCGCGGUCACACUCAGUCUUCACGCUGAAGCUCACUCGCACUCAGACGGAAAGCGUUGGAGGAGAGGAGCUUCAGCACAGUCGUGUGAGCAACAUAAGCAUUGUCGACCUGGCGGGCAGUGAGCGCAUCGGAGCCUCUGGUGGCUAUGCUGACAGAAUGAAAGAGGGCGUUUGCAUCAACAAGUCGCUGCUGACGCUGGGCAAAGUCAUCACAGCGCUCGCCGAGAGCGCCACCGGCAAGCGACGCUGCUUUGUGCCGUACAGAGAGAGUGUGCUCACGUGGCUCCUCAAGGAGUCAUUGGGAGGCAAUAGUGAGACGGCCAUGUUAGCGACCAUAUCUCCUGCCAGCUGCUAUGCCGAGGAGACACUGGCCACCCUGCGCUACGCUGGACAAGCUCGCAACAUUGUUAAUGUGAAGCACAUCAACGAAGACCCCGCCGCCCGCAUCAUCAGGAGCUUGAAAGCCGAAGUUGAGAGACUGAGAGCGCGCCAUUCGCUACGCGUGUCGCCAACGAAGCUGUUCGUCACAGAGCGCAGUCCUGUCACUCCUGCUAACCAUCAGAAGAAGACCAACGAACAACUUGCAGAAGAGGAGGCUAGACGCGCCGAGGAGAUGCUAGUUAGAGAGCGCGAAAUAGCUGCUCUGAAGCACGAGUUAUCGUCUUGCACAAGUCAACUGCACCGCGCCAAGGAAGAAUGGAACAGACGCCUGGAGAAGUCGGCUCGUGCUGCUGCGGCUGCACUGGGGCGAUGCGAGAAAGCUGGUAUUUUUGUACGGGAUGUACUGCCCUCCGACGAACGGCCGUGCCUCGUGAAUCUCUGCGACGACGAACAGCUCAGUGAACAUCUUUGUUAUGCGUUGAAAGAUGGAGCAACGACGUUGGGCGCUCAGCACACCGACCUCAUUCUCAAAGGGCUGCACUCUUCUGGCGUUCAUUGCACAAUCUACAACGACCAAGGCAGUCUCUCACUCAAGGCCACCUCCGGCUGUGAGGUCUUUGUCAACGGUGAACUCAUUGAAGAAAAUUGCAUGCUACGCCACAAAGAUCGACUUGUACUUGCGGGAAUAUAUUUCCUUCUUGUCUGGAUUCCCAAAGACGAAACUGCAAAUUCUGGGUCCAAUGACACCAAAAACUUUGCUUAUGCGAGAGAAGAGCUUCUCCGAUGCCAAGAACAGCGACUUCGGAAACAAAUUCUUGAAGAAGAAGAACUGGCGCGUCGUGAGCUGCUUCAGGAGUUGCAACUGAAAAAGCAGUCCGUCCAACAACUCCAGCUGAACCUGGAGCAACAAGAAAGCUGCAGAAUGACUGCAGAGCUGCAGCAGCAUCGUCUGCAGGUCGAAAAGAUGGGACUACAGGAGCGACUGCAGCAGUACGAACGAAACUUUAAUGCAGGAUCUUCUUGUGACGAUUUAGAUAAAACUGUCGGAGAAAUUUCGUUGUAUGAGGCUCCACAAGAUUCAAACUUCUCUCAGAAAAUUGAGGAAGAGCUUCUGAACGAGACUGUGUGCCAGCUUGAGGCCGCUCACACCCAAGAUAAGGUGCCUCUCGAUGACAUCGAACUUCUCUUCUCUGUCCGGCGUGCCAACGCUUUAUCUGAAAACUAUGCUGUUCCAAUGAGUUUCGUGGCACAGCGGGAGGUGCUGGCGAAGCGUAGCAGCAAGGGGCGGGUGUUGGUGCGCCACUCAGAACUGCAGCUGCGUGCGCUGCUCACUGCUGCUCAGUUCUCAGAACUCUUCACUGCCCUGCAAGACUUGCCAUCUGGUCGCAGUUCUGUAACAGAAGUGAUGUCUAUGAUUGAAUGGGAUGGUACGUCCGAGGAUCUUGGAUGCUUCCCCUCGCCGGCCCGCCUCAACGUCAGCUGUAACUCCGACGUCUCAUUCAAUGCUACCAUGAACUCGUCUCUGGAUCACAGCUUCGUGUACGUCUCAGGCCUCAAAAACUUGACUACCAAGCCAGCGAAGUCAAGAUCGUCGCUGUGCGAAGUUGGUUCUGCUCGCGGCACUGCCAGCAGCUGCAUCGCCGCCCUACAGGACGAUGGAGCCCUUUGUUGCGGGCAGCACCUUGUGAUUACCGCCCUCAACACCGCUGUGCUACUCUACUAUAAGAUGCUGAGCGCCCAAGAUGACCUGAAGAACAGUUUAUCUGAGAGCGCUUUACAAUACUUCCAAGACUUCAUGGUGUCUUCCGUGGCGGACGUACGAUGUUUACGUGUGUCGCUCGCUAACUUGCUAAGCGUUCCUCUCUCGAACGCCGGGCAUUUUCGCAACCCCGCCAGGAGAGAGCGAUACAGCGAUGCUUCUGUAUCUUCUAAUUCCAAAGAAACGAACAAAAUGGGAAAUACAAAUUCUGACAGCAAGGAGUUGCAUGAAUCGCUGCCAAACGUAAGCGAACUCAACGAGGCUGUGCCAGCGUUCGAGGAGAUCGUUGUUGAUGCUUUCGUCGCCACAAACUCGGCGCUCACGUCGCUAUUCCAGUGUGUCAAGGCCGGCAGCAGGCGUGCCAGCAGUCAGGCCUGUACCGCGGCGUGCAGACUCGGCCGUGAUCUGGUGUCGGCGCUAGCGGCGCUGCAGCUGCUGCGACUAGCUCAGGAGUCCACUUAUUUCAGCUGCCCUAAGCCCCCCAGCCACGAAACAUGUGGUGAAGACUGCGCAGCGUGUGCAGCAGUGCUGUCGGCGGUGAACCGUGGCGCCAUGCAGAGCCUCCUCACCGCUCGGUCUGUGGCGCAACUUCAAAAUCGUUUUUGUCGUGGAGGAAGUGACAUUAACACCGCUGCGUCAAGCUUGCAGUCCAAGCUGCUUCGAGUGUUCGACGCUGCUGUGUCUGUCAUGCCUCCUAGAGGAGACGAGACGCUGUCACUGGUGCAACUGAGACUAAAUAUCUCAGAUGCUCAGCAGCUUUACCCUCACCUCUUACAGUUGUUGCUACAGCUUCAAAAUGUCGCGGCUGCGUUCGCAGAUGGUGCCUCGGAUCGUGAACGCCGUUUGCCGGAAGUUUGUGAGGCAUUAGAGUGGCCUUUAGAAGGAACUCUGGAAUUUAUACCAAUUCUUCGUCAACGUCUCACUAGUCUUCCCUCGCUACCCACAUCCCGCGCCAACGAAUCGAUUUCAAAUUCCACAGAUAAGACCGUAGUCAUCAAUGAGUUUCAUUCAGCCGCUUCUGAAGCCCAAGUUGCUUUAAAAUUUCUUUCGCAUUUGCUCAAUUGUGGAGAAAAGAAAGAACCUGAACUCAGCCGUAUAAAUAUUGUCAACAACAAUUACACAAAUGGGCAAAAAUUGUCGCGAACUUUUCAUGAUACCAGACAAAAUGUUCCAACAAUAACGAUUCAACAUGCUGAUGGAAUGAAUUCGCGGGAUUGUAGCAGCAAAAGCAAACCGAACUCAGAACCGGAGAGAGUUAUAAAGAUUCCUAUCGUUGGGAGCAACGGUGUAAAUUCUCCCAAACGUAUAACUAGCGCGAAAUUCGAUGACCAAACUUCUAGCGCUUCGAAAGGUGAGCAAAAAUCAAAAGAAAAUGACUUGAAAGUAUCAAGUGCAACAAAGUCGUCAAAUCAAGAUGAUGGAGACAGUACUCUGCUCAAACUUUUUAAGGAAAUGGACUACUACGGUUCAGUCUACAAUAAAGACUAUGCCUUUGAUUCACUGAGAAAUGAGAAAGAUAGGCCCAUCUCUAAUGGCAAAGAAAAUGCCUCUCCUCGUAAUAAGUCAUCUCCUGCUGCUCGAGAUCCAAAACAGACUCGACAUGUACUGCGUUCAGUACGGAUUGAGAUCAGUCCCUCCAAGAAAACCCCUCCUUGUCUUAUCACAACAAAUGCUCGUGACACACUCACUGCCGGAAGCCGUGAACGCCCCAAGACACCGCGAAAAGGUACCCCUACAGGAAAAGAAUCGAAUAGAAACGGAGUUUCCUCUCUGGUCAAAGUGUUCUCUGUGAAAAGCAGCCCUCUGAAUGGCUCUGAAGGGCAUUCACCAACCGUCGCUCAGCAAAAGCUGGGCAAGAAGUCCACUUUGAUGUCACCGACUCGACUCUCAACUCUUCCGGGAAUUCAUAAAUUAAUAUUCCAAUUAGCAUAAUCUUUCAGCGACGAUUUGAAAAGGCGAGAUAGAUCGUUUUUUUAAUGCCAUUUUCAACAGAUUUUACACAAAUGAAUCGCAGUACGAAACUGAGAAUCAUUAAUUAGAUUUCAUUUUUCCUGUAUCUCAAUUGCUCCUAAGUUGUUCCAGGCUUCACAAAUUGUUCGAUUAAGUUUAUAUGGGCUUCACUUGAUGUCGGUUCUGAACUCUAGUCUAGUGUCUCUAGUACAACUUUACUGGGAUAAUAUAUUAAUUCUUAGGUUAUUAAGUAAACAUAGAUUACCGUGAUCAUUUUGGGCCUUAUGUGAACUUCCCUCCGUUGUCCUGAUUUGUGCUGUUUUGCUUUUAACUUUCUCAAGUACUGAAAUGAACUUAUUCUAUGAUUAGUCCAGCAUUUGUUUGUUUAGGUGUUGAUUUGAACUGUGGAAACGCACUUGUUUGUUUAUUGUCUGUAGGAGAAGUAACUGCUGGUGAAAGAAAACUGUACUUAAGCUUAUACAAGAGGGUUUAUCUAAAGAAAAAUCCCUCACAUGUACGGUGUACCAGGUUUGAUUUUUACUUUCACAUUUUUUGAUUCAUUUCACUACUCGUGCUUGUCUGUCUAAUACAAGCAAUUAUAGUAUUUUUUACUUGAAAGACCGUGCGUUUCUGAAGCUUGUUUACUCCUCUAUUUGCUUCUGAAAAACUUGAAGUUGAUGUUAAAAUCAUAUUUUGUUCAACUAUCUGAUUGUACUGAAGUUGCCUAUCCUUCAUCGCGCUUAUUAAUCUUGUUUCGAGCUCCGCGAUAAGUAAUCAGUCGCUUCAAUUUCAGUAUUCAUGCAUAUUUGAAAUAUAUUUUUGAAAAUAAAAAUGUGUAUUAUUUUAAAAUAACAGAUAUAUAUUUAUUUUCUUACUUGAAACCUGUGAUCUUCGAACAAUUCUUCUAAAGUAUUUUGUGCAGAACAAGAAUUGCAGUGAUUAUGUUCAGACCAUCUUUUACAAAUAUUAAUUGAACGUACAGUUUUACCUUGUGCUUCGUAUUUUACAAAUAUUCCCAUCUCAUUAAUCAUUAGUCACUUUGUUAUUUAUUCGUGCCCUUCCAAAAAUAAGUGAUUAUUUAUGCGUUGUCAUAUCUUUAAAAUCAUAAUUAUUAAUGUCGCUAGAGUGUGAGGACGGACGGCGGGCGGGUGGAAUUCAAGAUAUGAUUCGUACAUUCAAUUUCGAUCUAUUCGGAGCCCUUGCUCGAUCCAAUAAUGUUGUGUAGAUUAUUAAUGAAACGAUCAGUUCCAGUUGAUCCAAUCAUGUACUCUUCAAGUAUUAUCACCUCCAAAUUCUGACCUAACUAGUCACCCAUGUUUCUGGAUAAUGCGAUGCUCGCUCCGACGUCGUCUUUUCCACGUGUCUGGCCGAAGCAGUGCUGCUGCUCGCCUUGUAAAUAUGCUACGUAAAUGAAUUCCUAGAAAUUAGCUCCUAAAAGUAGCAAUAAUUUCUGCAACUACAAAAGUUGUUCCUUGUUGCAUAUGAAUAUAAAAAUAUUUAUAAUGCGUUUAGCAAUUAAAUCAUGAUGUAUUAAAAGGUGAAUGAAAUUAUAUCUAAG